AUGAACUUCUGGUCUAAAUUAAAUUAGGAUCCUUAAAAAAAAUUAGAAGAAUAAAUAAGGGAAUUCUCACUUAAAUAUUAAUAAAAUAUAAAUGAAAUUCAGAUAUUUAAAAUGUUCAUAAGUGAUUAAGAUGAUGAAUUCGCAAUUUGGAAAAAUGCAGAAAGUCAAGUAAAAUCAGUUUGUGGAGCUAAUGUUGAAAAUGGAUAACUUACUUUCUAAUGUUUUACUUGUGCCCCUGAUCCUCAUCAUAUGUACUGCUAUAAGUGUUUUAAUCCUGACAUACAUCUGAGUAUAUUUUUUUAAAUUGAAUAGAUCACAAAUGUAUUAUAAAGCAUAAUAUUGGUGGAGCAUGCGAUUGUGGAGAUGAAUAAACAAUUAUACCAUCUGGAUUUUGUUCAAAACAUCAAGGAGUCUCAAAGUUUGAUUACAACUAAGAAUUAAAUAAAAUAUCAGAUUCUUUAAAAAAGAAAAUAGAAAAUUUUAUAAAAGCUUUAUGUACAAUUUAUUUAAAUCUCAUGAAAAGAAUAAAAUAGGAUCAUAAUAUGUUUAAUGUUAUAUUACUAAAAUUUUAUCACAUUAGUGAAAAGUGGUUAAUCACUCCUUUCAAGGAAGUUAUAGAUUCUGAAUAUGAUAUUGAAGAAUACUAUAGAAUUUUUUAGUAAGCAUUAUUUUUAAAUACAAUACUUUUUAAAAUGUGUUAUUGGUUUACAGAAUCAAGAUUAUGUUUCAUAAUUUUACUAUCAUAAAUUUUUUAAUAAAAAUUAACUUAAGAGUCUAAACAGACAAUAUUUGAAGAUGUAUUUGAAGUUCAAGUAUUACUAGAAAGUUAAGGACCAUAACCAGCUUUAAAAAUAGAAAGUUUAUUAUUUAGGUUUUAUGCAGAUUAUUCAUUUAAAUAAUUUAUUUAGGUAUGUUACUUAAAAUAAUAUGCAUCAAUGUGGUUACAGACAAAGAAAAAAGUAACCAAAUAUGAUAAAUUGAUGGAGGAUUAUUUAAUUAAACUCUAAACUAUAAAAAGUUUAUAAUUUGCAUAAGCAUAACAUGAAGCAUUAUUGAAAAUGGCUUAGGUAGUGAAAAACUAUAUUUAAAAAUAUAAAGAAUCAACUGAAAUUACUAUAGGAUUAAAUCUCUCUGAAAUUCAUGAAUAACACACUUAAUACGUAGCAGAAAGAUUACAAGAAGUAUUUCUUAGUCAUCAAUAUAUAUAAAAUAUUUAUAAUUAGAUUAGAGAUUUAUCAAUAUUAAUUCACUCUUAAACACCAAUAUCAUCAUUAUCAUAAUUAUAGUAUUCAGUAAUCUUCAAGUUAAGAUAUGAAUAUAAUUUUUUUUAUAAAGUUGGUUUUAAAUAACUUCAAGAAGCUCUUGGAGAUUAUUAUCAACAAUUUAUACAUGGAUAAAUUACAAAAGAAAUUAUUCAAAAUUUUAAAUAUGAUUAAUUUACAAUAACCUCUUAUUUAAAUUGUUAUAAUUAAAUUAAACCUUAACAUUUGGAUAUUUUAGAGGAACAUUUAACAAUAUGGCAAUAAGAUUUGUAAGAUGCAGUAUACUUUUUAAUUUGUUAAGGGUAGGCAAUUUAAGUGAUUUUAGUAGGAAUUUAAAGACUAUUUAGUUCUUAAUUUAGUACCCUAUAAUUUUAAGAAAAUAUUUCUAAAUUAUUGUUAACAUAAUCCUAUCAGAUUUUGAAAAAGAAAUAUAAAGGUAUAUCAGUAGAUUCUUAAUUGAAUGAGGCAUAUAAAAAAUAUAUCGAAAAUAAAAAUUUAACUCCAGCAGAAAUAUUUGAUAGAUUAUCAAAAAUUUUUUUGGUUUUAAUGAAAAGUAUAACUGUAGUUGAAAGAGUAUUUACUUUUAUCUUGUCAUAUUUAUAUUGUUUGAAGAAUUUUGAAUCUGGAACAGAAUUUGAAUCUUAUUUACUUGAUAUAUUAUAAGAAGAUAAAAAAGAACUUAAAAAUAACUUUUAUGAAGUCUUAUCAAAAUGUUUAUAGAUGUAUGUUUCAGUAUAAUUUUGUUAAAAUCAAUUUAUUGAAUAAAUAUAUUUGGGUUUGAAUGAUUAAUAAGAUUAAGUGAUACUUGAAUCUUUUGAUAGUUCAUUUUUGAGGAUUUAUUUAUUUUUAUAUGAAAAUGAAGGCUUUUAGGAUUUGAAUAAAAUUAUGGACAAUAGAAGGAUUAUAAAAUCUGGAAGUGAUAGAAUAUUAUGGUAUAUUUAUUUAUUUAAUCAAAUAGUUGUUUAUUAUUAAGAAUUCUAAGUUCUGAUCUUGAUUUGUAUAAUGUUUGUUGUUCAACCUUAAAAGAAUUACCAAGAGAUUUAAAAUUAUCAUUAGCCAAAGCAAUUUAAAAUUUUUACAAUCUUUCAACAUUUCUCUCAUUUACUGAUAUUGAGUCUAAAUUAAGACGUAUGGGUAUUUAGGCUUGUUCUAAUCUUCCAGAUCAUGUUUUAUAAAUUUGUGAAGUUGAUUAGGCAUUAAAAUAAUUGAAAUUAAGAUCAGAAUAUAGAGUUAUUUAUGAUCCAGCAAUUUUUAAUAUUAAUACUGCAAUUAAUAGUUAAAUUGUUGAAAAAUUAGUAGAAUAAAAUAAAUCAGAAAAUGAGAUUCAUUUAGGAAAUGGUAUAUGUUGGGAUGUAGAAUUAUUUAAGAAUAACAAUUAUAGAAUAAUCCUUUACAAUAUUUUAAAAAGAUAUUGUUAGAAAGAAUAUAUUAAUAAAAAUCUUGAUUUAUUAAAAACAGAAGGAUUUGCUUUGAUUUAGGCAUAUUAGUUACUUUAUAUUUAAUUGGUAGCAGCAAAUUAUUUUAUGGAAUAAGAAUUUAAAACUUAUGCUCCUUUUAUAAUUAUUUAACUUGAAUAAAUAUUAGGAGUAACUUAACGUAAAGAUGAUAUACAAAGAAUUUAAGUAUUGAUAUCAGAAAUCAAUAAAUUAAUUACUGUUGUUAAACCUGUUGUUAUAUAGAAAUAACCAUAAGUAAAAGAUACGAAAAUUAAUUUAUAAAAUAAAAAGAAUCAAUUCAAAGAGAAAUAUAAUAAAUUGUAAAAAUCAGAAUUUAUAUAAAAUAUGCUUGAGAGUAAUGAUAUUAAGGAUAAUAAUGAUGAAAAAGAUGUAAAUGUAUGUUCAUCAUGUAAAUUACCUUUAAGUUAAUAAUCAAGUGUAGCAUUAAUGUUAUUGAUUAAGAAACCAUAAACUUCAAAUUUUUCUAUAAUUUCAAAGGAAAGUUUAGAAUGUUUCAAAAAUAAUUAAUUUAAUUUAAUUGAUGUUGGAGUAGCAUGUUGUAAACACUAUUUUCAUUAUACUUGUUUAAUAGAGAGAUUUGAAAGUGAUUAAUAAUAUAGAAGAUAAAAUGCACCUGAUUGGGUUAAGAUUGGAUGUCCUGUAUGUAAAUUACCUUGUACAAUUACUUUACCAAUAUAAAGGUAAUUGACUAAUUUAGAUGUAGAAUCCUUUAAUUAGGAUCUUUAAUUGUUUGUCACAAAAAAUGCAAUUGAAAAUUUAUUUGAAGAUCAAAUUACUGCAUAAAAAACUCUUGCUGAAACAUAUUAUAAUAUUUUCUUUGAUUUGCUAAUUUCCUUAUUUCAUAAUCCAUCAGAGUAUAUAAGAGAUUAAAAAAAUAUAGUAUUUCAUUAAUUACUAUUAAUAUUGAAUGCUACAAAUAUGGAAGCAGCAAAAGCUAAAAUUAUAGAAUAAUUCCAAUUUUAAACAGAAAACAAUUUUAUUUUAAAUAUAUUAUCCUUAAUUUAAAAAUAUGUUGUUAUUGAAAAAGAUUUGUAGAAAUUUAAAGUAGAAGUCCUUUCUAGUUGCAAUCAAUAUAAUAUAAGAAAUGAAAUUUAUAUAUAAUUAGCUUUAUCAUUAGAAAUAUAGGAUGAAUUACUAUAGUAAGCUAUAUAAUUCGAAAAAUAAAUAGUGAAAUAAGAAAAUUUCAAUUAAUAUGCUUUAAUAAAUUAAUUGUAAUUAGAAGAUCAAUUAAAAAGUAUAAUUGGGUUAACAUUUAAAGAGUUUUAUAAUAAAUACUUUACUAAAAAAUGUUUUGCUUGUGGAUUUUAUAAUAAGGAUUAGAGACAUGGAGGAUUUUCAAUGUGUUUAUUUUGUUCAAAAACUUUCUGCAUAUAUUCAUGCAAUAAAGAUAUAAAAACGGGAAAUUUGAAUUUACAUGCAAAUAAAGAACAUAAUGGAAUAUCUAUUUAUGUAAAUCUAGAAAAUGGAUAUGUAACUUUAUUAUGUUCUCCAAUAUCCAUAUAAUAUUAUAAAUGUUUAUUUUAUAAUCAAUUAGGAUAAAGAAUCGAUAUAGAAAAUUCAAAUUCAGAUUGGAAUUCAUUUAAUUUAGAUAUUUAGAAGUUAAGAGAAAUAUCACAAAUUAUCAUGAACAGUUCAUAUUAAGCAAUUAUUAGAAACUUAGAAGUUAGGUAAAACUAAUUAGAUAUGGAUGGAUAUCUUUGA